GGAGGAUGGAUCCACAAGUACCUUGCGAUUUUGGGAUUACCCUACAGCUGCUCGAAGCGUCCGCACUUGACUGAACCAUUACGCCGGAAAUUGAUUGGCCUACGACCUGAAUUUCAGAAAGGUCACAAGCUACAAUUACCCACCUCAUUGGCUGUGCCGUUCUCGAAUCGUCGAUACAAUUACGUUCUCGUAUCUUUCUCUUAUUAA